AGCGGCGGCACUUUCACUUUCGGAAGGGACACGUGAUUUCCAGGAAAACGGGAGUAGGCGGAUAAAGGACCGGGCUGGAAGCGGCCGCCCCCCGCACCGAGGUCGCCGCCCGUCCCGUCGCAGCAGCUCGGCGGAGCCCGCACUAUGGCAGCGCCGGAGAACGAGGGGGAGGCCCAGAGGCUGCGUUUCGUCCCGUGGCUCCUGAACGCCAUCAACAGCGGGAACUACCGCGGGCUGCGCUGGCUCGACCAAGAGCGCACCACCUUCCGCGUCCCCUGGAAGCACAACGCCAGGAAGGACAUCACCAGCAGCGACCUGGAGGUCUUCAAGGCCUGGGCAAAGGUGGGUGGGCGGUAUGAGGAGUCAUCUGAGGACCCGGUCAAGUGGAAGACCAACUUCCGCUGUGCCCUGAGCAGCACCGGCAUGUUCAAACGGCUGAAGGACAAUUCCAAGUGUGGUGAAGACCCACACAUGGUCUUCACCAUUAACCAAGCCACCCUUCAGCACAGCACGGAGGGGGAUUUCAGCAGCCCUGAUCCUGCGGUGGACCAGCAGCCGGCACAACAGCAGCUGCAGGUGGAGCUUCAUCCCCAAGACAUGGCCCCAGAAAUUGCUCUCCCAGGCAGCACCGACCCCACACAGCCCAUGUCACUGGAGAAGCUGCUGCAGCAGUGUGACAUCUCCCCCCGUGAUGCUGUCUGCAUGACCCCGUCCUGGGUGCCCGCAGGGGACACCCUCCACCUGGACGUCCUGCUCCAGCCUCCCCAGGACAGCCUGCUCCAGCCUUAUGCCAACCCCAGCCAGAACAACUGCUUCCCUCCCACGGCAUUUCAGCAGUGGGUGCCCACAGUGGAGCAGCCCGCUUUGGGCACCUGCACCCCCCUGGACUUCAUGCCACCAGAGGAGCUAGGAACCGUGCCACUGCCAUGUCACCUGACAGAGGGCAUGGUCCCCAUGCAGUCACCAGGGGAGGCGAUGUUUUUGGUCCCCACCGCCAGCCUUGUGCCACAGCCACAGCAGCUGGUGGAUGACACAGGUGACUUCGUCUCUAACCUGGACGUCACCAUCUACUACCGGGGAAAGGAGUUCCAUCGGGAGAUCGUGCAGGGCAGGCACUGCCUGCUGACGUACCAGCCCCUCGGUGGCUCACCAGCAGUGGCUCAGGGUCCCUGGCGCGUGGUGCACUUCCCCAGCCCCGCCAACAUGGCCGAUAGAAAGCAGUGGCGUAUCACCGAGGAGCUGCUGGGCAAGGUGGGGCUGCAUCUGGAGCAACGUGCCUACAAGGUCUUUGCCACCCGCCGGGAGAAGUGCAAGGUAUUCUGGGCCCUGUCCCAACAGCUUGAGGGUGUCGAGGACCCCCCAUCCAACCUUCUCUGCCGGGACCAGGAAACCCCUAUUUUUGACUUCAGUGAGUUUAGCACAGAGCUAAGGGACUUCCGCAACGGCCAAAGGCGGCGGUCCCCUGACUUCACCAUCUACCUCUGCUUUGGUCAGGCCUUCUCCAAGGCCAAGCCUAAGGAGGCCAAGCUCAUCCUGGUCAAGUUGGUGCCCAAGUUCUGCGAGUACUGCUAUGAGAAGGUGCUGCAGGAGGGAGCCUCAUCCCUCGACAGCCACACCAUCAGCCUGCAGCUCUCAGACUCCUUCAGUCUCUACGAUCUCAUUGAGCAGUACACCAUGCAGCUGGACUGACCCCCACCCACCACAUGGUCCCUGGGACAGGUAGCAGGACCACUGGGCACUGUGGAAACUGGCACCCCCAACUCAGGGACAGCUUCACUGACCAAUCCCAGAACUCACAUGUUUCUUUUCCCCUCAGUCAACUGCUAACGUGUUUUUGUGGGUUAUGAUCAUUUACAGAUUUAUUUUCUUAAUUUUUCCAAGUUUAAAUAUAUGUACAGAAAAGUA